UUAAGCAAUCUUCCAAAGUUUGAAGCUAAAGACAUCCAGCCUAGUCUACUUAAUUACAACAUGAAAGGUGCUCAUGUCCUUGCAGCUUUUGUCCUUCUGGCUUUGUCUUCCUCUUUUGCCUCAGCCUUCGACCCUAGUCCUCUUCAAGACUUUUGUGUUGCAAUCAAUGACCCCAAGGAUGGUGUGUUCGUGAAUGGGAAAUUCUGCAGGGACCCAAUGCUUGCAACAGCAAAUGAUUUCUCUUUUUCAGGCCUCAACAUUCCAGGAAACACAUCGAACAAAGUUGGAUCAAAUGUAACUCUAGUAAAUGUUGACAAAAUACCAGGACUUAACACUCUUGGUAUAUCAUUAGCUCGUAUUGAUUUUGCACCAUAUGGGGGUCUAAAUCCACCCCAUACUCAUCCUCGUGCAACAGAGAUAUUAGUAGUUUUAGAAGGCACUCUCUACGUGGGUUUCGUAACAUCAAAUCCCAAUCGCCUCAUUACCAAGGUUCUAAAUGCAGGAGAUGUCUUUGUAUUUCCAAUUGGCCUCAUCCACUUUCAGUUCAAUAUCGGACAAACUAAUGCAGUUGCUAUUUCUGGAUUGAGCAGCCAAAAUCCAGGAGUUAUUACAAUUGCAAAUGCAGUAUUUGGAUCAAAUCCACCGAUCAACCCUUAUGUUCUGACAAAGGCCUUUCAAGUGGACAAGAAUGUGGUGAACUAUCUUCAGAAACAGUUCUGGGUCAACAACCAGUAAUGAAUGUGACCUUUAGAAACUUUCCCUAUUGUUUUGAUCAUUGUUUAAGUUUGUAACAUAAAAAAGGAGGUGCUGCCUUUAUGCCUCUCCAUGUUGAUUUUUAGUACUCUAUAAAUUACAGUUUGUUUAAGUUCUA